AUGGCUAGUCUAACGAAUCAAGGGGAUUUCCCAUACGAUGUACAAUUUCCAUCUAGGGGUAUUCUACCUCCCGAUUUCAAAGCAUGGGGAAGCGCCAGCGCUCGCGCCCACAAAGAUAGAGUUAAUGCUGUAGGCUGGAGCAACGAUGGUAAAAGACUGGGUAGCGUUUCUAGCGAUAAGUCUCUUAGAAUCUGGCCGGAGAAGGCGCUCGAUAGCGGUAGACCAGACGCUAAAAUGGCAACAGCGAUGAUUGGGCAUAGCGAUAAAGUAGUUCAAUUAGCUUGGCAUCCCUUGGAUUCUAAUCUACUUACAACGGUUUCCUUGGACAAGACAAUAAGAUGUUGGGAUAUCAGAGCUAGAGCACCUACAACUACCUUGCAGCUAUCAUCAGCUGCAUACAACUUAGCCUACCAUCCAGAUGGACAGACUUUAGCAGCAGGUGCUGAAACAAUCGGCUUCUACGACUUACGCCAUCCAACUGGACCCCAAAGGACGAUAGAAAGACAACAACAAGCAGACCGUAUAAAUCAUGAUUUUAGAUGGUCAAAAGAUGGUGAAUUAUUCACUAUUUGCUGUAAUGACGGUUCCUUUGAGGCAUAUUUAUACCCUUCAUUUGAAUUGGAGUUUAGUGAUAAAGGACACACAUCUGAUGCAACAAAGAUAGAGUUCACAAAGGACAGACGGUACAUGUUGACUGGCGGUGGUGAUGCAGUUGUCAAUGUUUGGGAUCUCGAAGAGUGGAUCUGUCUGCGGUCGAUCAAUCAAAUAGAAGGACUAGUGAGAUCAAUAAGCGUGAAUUCAAUUUCUGAGUGUGUCGCAAUUGGUACGGAUGAUAGGAAUAUAAGUAUAGCAUCGAUACACACAGGUGAGACACUACAUUCAUUUAAAACUGGAGCGAAGACAAAGUCACUCGCAUGGCACCCUAGCAAACUGCUCCUAGCUUAUGCAAGUGAGGAUAUUACAAGAGAAGAACACAUGAGAGAACCUGGAAUGAUGAAUAUAUCAUCUUCUGUAAGAGUAUGGGGGAAGGGAGUUGGGAGACCUUCAGCGUAA